AGAAUUUAGAUCAAUAUGUCCGAAGCAGCAGGGGGCGCUGGCGACCAAAAUCUCCUGUUGUCCGGUCGCUGUAAGGAACGACCAUCCGGAGAAGAAGAGGCGGAGUUCUGCUGUCAGCAGGGUGCUCUGUUACCGUGGAGACACUGUCACCACAAAGCGGUUGCCAUGGCAAACAAACGAGACGCCUCUGACCUAACCUCCUGUGCUGAUAAAGAGCUAACAAAGCCCGCCAGACGCCGACCCCGCCGGGCCACCUCCACGGCAGGUAGGAGGAGUCAGAAAGACAAGAGGCGUGGUCCCACACCAAAGAGGCGGGAUCCCAAGGACAAGAGGCGUGGUCAUGAUGAGAAGAAGGAAGGGGUGACCGUGAAGAGGACGUGGAGCGACGGGAAACGGCGGUGGGAUAAGAAACAUUACUGCGUGUUCUGUCGGCGGCCGCAGGUGAAGAUUGCUCGUCACCUGCUGAGGAAACAUGCAGACCAACAGGAAGUGGUGGCUGCAAGCGCUCUGCCCACAGGCUCCAAACAACGCCACCUGCUGCUGGAACACCUGCGCUGCAGGGGCAACUACAUGCACAACAUUGAGGUCAUCAGACAGGGCACUGGGGAAAUCGUCCCGUGGCGUCAGCCCUCUGAGGACGUCGAUGCGAGGAACUACCUGCCGUGCCCGCUCUGCCUCGGGUUCUUCCUGCGAGCCGAUCUCUGGAAACAUCAGGCCUCCUGUCGCAAGAAGCUGACCUCUGACCCCUCCAGAGACUCCGCCUCCACAGCCGAAAAGACAUCUGACCCCUUCAAGGACACGACCUGUGACCCAACAGGUGACCCAGCAGACGUCAGGACCCCCCCAGAGGACCCGCCUCCUGAGUCCUCAGCGGACACGCCAAAGAAGCGCAGUAGGAUCCAGGCCGCGGCGUCCCGCCUGCUCCCCAUCUCAGGCGGAGCCUCUGAGAGCUGCAGCCAGGUGCUGCACCGCAUGAACCAGGACCAUGUGUCGCACCAGGUGUGUCCUUCUACCUGUCUGCGUGCUAUACGGCCUGCAUCUACCUGUGUGUGUGCUCACCUGUCUCUCUGCAUGUUCCAGGUGAAAUCUGAUUGGUUGAUCUGUAAGUAUGGUAACAAGCUGAUGGGGAGCCCGGGUGGCAGCGGGCGGAGGUAUGACUACGUCAGUCAGAAGCUGAGGGAGCUGGGCCGGUUCCUCCUGGCCGCUAAAUCUCUGGACCCGGUGGUCGGGACCCUCCAGGACCUUCUGGCUCCAGGUCGCCUCAGCUUGGCUCUGGCUGCGGCGAGGAAGGCGUCGGGUUACAGGUGGACCCGCCCUCCACUGGCGGUGAAGACGACCCUGAAAACUGUCUGCGAGAUCGCCAUCGGAGAGAGUCUGCAGGACGGAGACUGGGAGACCGCUGCAAAGACCACCGACUUUUACCACAUGCUGGGGAGGGAAUGGGACAAACUGGGCCUGCAAGACCCUGCCCCCAACAACUCAACACCUGAUCCAGACACAGAGGGAGGAGCUAAGAUGAAGAAUCAAUUGGUCCAAUCAGGAAGUGAGAAAGAGGGUCAAGAGUCUGGACCAGACGUUCUGUCACAGAGCAGACAGGUGAGCUGUGUGGUUCCUCCAGAGUCCCGACUACAGGUCCCUCCCCCCUCAGUCCUCGUCUCUCCCAGGAAGGUCCGCCGGCGUCCGUGGUCGUCCGCAGAGAAGGAGGCAGUUUGGCGGCAGCUGGGAGUCCAUGUCCUGGUCCAGUCGGUACCCGGGAAGGAGGUUUGUCAGCGCUGUCUGGACCUGGAGCCGGUCCUCAGAGGACGACACUGGAAGGACAUCAAGAACCAGGUCCACAACCAGAUCCAGAGCCAGAAGAAGCAGCAGUUCCAUGCCCAGAUGGACCUUCAGGAGAACCAAGACCACACAGAUCAGAACCAGAAGAACCAGCAGCAGUACCAGAUCCACAUGGACCAACAGGGCGAGGACCAGAACCAGAAGAACCAAGAACACCAGCAGGACCAGGAAAACGUUCAAAAUAAGAAGAAACCACAGAACCACAUUCAGUUGGACCACCAGGAUCAGGGUCACAUUCAGAACCACAAGAAACUGCAGUACCUUACUCGGCUGGACCCCCAGGAUGAUCUUCAGAAGCAGCUCUACCACAUGGACCAGCAGACCCAGGACCAGCAGACUGACCUGGAUCAGAACACAUCUGUACUCACAGGGACUUCUUACAGACCUGAUGGACCUCAUCAAGACCCUGGUAUCAGUCAGUACCCUCUUCCACACAGAACCUUGGGACCUCAUGUGGACCAGUUGCUGACCAGAACUCAGUGGACUGACCCUCCCCUGAUCCAGCACUACAGGAACCUUGACCCUGGAGGGCCAGCUGGUCCAGGACAAGUCCACUUCUGAAGUACGGACUGCCUUGAACCCCGAACUCUAACAACCUUUAACGACCUCCAACAAGAGAGCAACUAUGACAUCACCUGUAACUCUAUGACAUCACCUUUGCCUCUAUGACAUCACCUGUAACUCUGUAGGAAAAUUCUAGUUACCUGACCCGUUUUUCUGACCCGUUACCUGGUCACUAACCUUUACCUGACCUCAUUGACUCAUGCUUCCUGGUCCUGCGGAGACAAAGGCCUUGUGUUCACCUGGCGUUUUUUUCCGAGCAGAAAAGCGCUAGCUGUGCGCACGGGAGUGUCUUCGGUGUUUCCUUUUGGACGGCCCUGAAGUGUCUGGUCUGUCAGGAUUGUAGUUCUACUUGUCUCCAGCAGAUGGCAGCGUUCUCCCUGAUGUGACUGUGUGAAAACAGAGUCACUCAAUCUUUAUUUGUAUGGGACCAAAUCAUACCAGAUGUUGUCUUCAGGUCUUCACUGAACUUUUUGUUUUAUUUAUUUAAUUUGUGUAUUUUUUUUACAAGUGUAUAAAAACAUUUCACACUG